AGUGCUGCCAAAAAGGGUGACUGGACAGCUGAAACGUGUGUUAUGUUCAGUCAUCAGAGUCCUGAUUAAAUAUAAAGCAGCUUUUGGUCUGGACAGCUUUUCAUACAGCCCUUCUAGACCCACGGUGACCAGGUACAAGGAGAAAAGAGGGAAGGAAAGAAACAUUUCUCUUUGACAGUCCACAGAGGCAGCAGCAAUGCAUCAGCUAAUGUGCAUUUCAGUGACUCUGUUUCUAGCCUCCACUGGAUCCUCCGUCAAAGGAUACAGAUUCUACAAGUCAGUACAUACUGUUAGUAAUGGUGGACCCUGGGGCGAAUGGGGUGAUCGAGAAAUGUGUCCCAACGGCUACUACGCUGCAGGUUUCAGUCUGAAGGUUGAAUACCCAGUAGACGGGGACGACACCGCACUCAAUGGAAUUAGUCUGCACUGUGUCAACACACGCGCAGGCAAGUUAUUGUUUUCAGACGUCGUCUCAGUAACGUCUGGAGUAGGAAGCUGGGGUACGUGGACAGCUCGGAAAUGGUGUCCGUCUGGGAUGCUGAUGAGUUUUCGGCUCCGUGUUGAAGGUCACCAAGGAGAUGGCGAUGAUACGGCCGCGAACAACAUAAUGUUCGAGUGCAGUGGAGAUGUCAGAAAUCUUGUCGGUGAGGGCACGUCCUGGGGUGAAUGGGGUGGCUGGAGUAAGUACUGCAGAGGAAAGGGGUUCUGCGGCAUCCAGACAAAAGUAGAGGGAUCACAAGGGUCAGGAGACGACACCACUCUCAACGACGUCAAGUUCUUCUGCUGCGACUGAGGUGCCGCCUGUCAUUUCAUCUUAAUCAAUGUGUACCAAGAAGAAAACAAGAUGGAUCACCUGUCUGCCUUUCUCUUAUCUCUGCUUGCCUCUCUUUCUUUUUCUCCAAAUGUACAGUGCUCUUGAGAAAUUUUUGAAAUAAAUUAAUGUAAUACUUAAAGAAA